GUGUGAUUGCGCGGCGACUGCUCGACACGCGCGAGCACGUGGGUCGCAUAACGCGCGCUCCCGUAUCGGAGGCGGACGCGUUCUCGCGCGAUCUCGAUUGGAACAUUCGCCGCGUUUGACAGAUCCGCGCGCGCGAGAGGGAAAAGACCAGGGCAGUUGCCGCGGAGUGGGGGAAGAGGCAACGUCAAAGCGCGUUGCGUCGCUCGCGACGGCAGUGAAGUUAGUCAACUGCGCGGCGUCACGCGAGGCGCUUCGCGGAGCCACGUGACGUACGCAUAACGCUCGCGAACGUUACCGGCGCGCUGCACUCGUCGUCGCAUCGUCCUCGAGCGAGACUCCCAGUCGUCGUCGUCGUCGUCAGCAGUCGUCAUCGGCCGAGCGGGAGCACCUGCGGCAUCGUCCACUUUUUCGCGAGUAACCAAGAGAACAAGUGCGGUUCCCACCAUGGAUCGAUCGUCGAAAUUGCUGCUGCGAAAGGUCAUCGUGGACUUCCUCUUCCUGGCAGUCUUGGGUAUCUCGGUGCUAAUGUUCUUCCUGUUCGGCAAACCGUACAAACGUGGCUUUUUCUGCAACGAUGAGUCACUGUAUCACCCGUAUCACGGCUCCACGGUCACCAGUCCGAUGCUGUAUGUCGUCGGCAUUUUCCUUCCAGUAUUCUCGAUGUUCAUAGGAGAGUACUUGCACGCGAGACGCUGCACCGAGCAAACAGGGAAGGUACUGUUUGGAUAUUCCGUACCUUUGUGGAUGUGCAACGCUUACGAGAAGAUCGGCGUGUUCCUUUUCGGCACGGCGUGCACCGUUUUACUCACAGACAUCGCGAAGUACACCAUAGGCCGACUACGGCCGCACUUCAUGAUGGUCUGCGUGCCUAACGUGAACUGCUCCUCGAUUGAGAAUCAGCACAGGUACAUCGAGGACUUCGUCUGCACCGCGUCGAACAUUACGGCGAGGAAACUCAAGGAAAUCAGAUUAUCGUUUCCCUCCGGUCACUCGUCUUUCUCGGCCUACACCAUGAUCUACCUUGCGGUAUAUUUUCAACUGCGGAUAAGAUGGGAGGGCAGCAAGCUGCUCAAACACUUUCUCCAGCUGAUAUGUCUGAUCACGGCUUGGUUUACCGCGAUGUCGCGCAUUUCUGAUUACAAGCAUCACUGGAGCGACGUACUCGCGGGAUCUACACUCGGCGUCAUCAUGGCCGUGCUGGUGAUAUAUUGCAUAGCGAACCUCUUCGCCAAGGAGAAAUCCGAGUCCACAGAGAAGCGCCAACCUACCGAUUAUGAGACGGAGAUCGGCAUGCAGUUGCAGGACGAAUCGAGCCCGCUGCAACUCGACUCGAGAACGCAAAUGUACGGCGGAAUUAAAAACGGUACAGAGGACUCCUUGAAUAAAUGAAAUCCUGAUUAAUAUUUUCGCUCUCGCGAGUAAUCAAUAUUUGAUCACUCGAACUGAACAAAGCUGACAAUAUUUAAAAGUAAUGUCGUUCAUACUUAGAUUCUUUUUAUUUAACUGUUGCAUCUAUUACAAGUAUUACCUACAUAAGGUAACGAUGAAAAGUGUUGACUGCAAGUAAAAAUAAUACAAAUCUAAAUAAGCUCAACUACUUAUACGUGUCUAUGUGUUCGUAGUAUAGUGUGCAGUAGUAGUAGUAGUAUAGUAAUAGUACUUUGUAUUCAUUUAAUAAAUAAUACCUAGCAAUUUAA